GUCGGUUCAUCCUUGUGAUCUCCUCUCCCGUCGUGUUAUCUUUCCUCUCAUCCCCUCUCAUCCAGUGUGAAAGCUUCUUGACCCCAAGCUCCACGUUGCCUCGUCUGAUCCCACACCGGGAGGAAGAAAUCACAUCGUACCCCGGUCAUAGCCGUGGAAAAGUCGUGUCUUCCUCAAAUCUGAAAUACACACCUAGUCCAUCGAACUUACUUGAACGAAGAACGAGAAUUAUAUGAAAGAUUCACAAUGGCCGGAAAUCAACUACCCAUACCUACGACAACAACUCCUUCGAUCAUUCCAACACCUACGAAAAUAGUGCAAGCACCUCUAAACUUACUCGAGUCGUUCAUGUGCGGAGGUCUUGCAGGAUGUGCAGCAGUUACAGUUUCAAACAUGCCAGAAGUAUGUAAAACCCGACUUCAACUCCAAGGAGAACUCCAAAGAGCCGAUUCGAACGCUCCUAGAGUAUACAAAAACGUAUUUGAUGUGUUUGUAAAGACAUGGAAACAUGAAGGUAUAAGAGGUUUACAAAGAGGUCUCGUUCCUGCAUAUGGAUAUCAAAUCUUAUUGAAUGGUUCACGUUUAGGUUUCUAUGAACCUAUACGUAGGAUGUUGAAUACUGCCAUAGGAAGAGAUCCGGCAGAAGGACUCAUUUCAACCGCUUUGACCGCAGGUGCUUUGACUGGAUGUAUAGGAGCCGCACUUGGCUCUCCACUAUUCUUGGUAAAAGCUAGAAUACAAGCUUUCUCACCUGCUUUACCCGUCGGCGCACAACAUUAUUACAAAGGUUCAUAUGAUGCUCUCAGAACGAUACUAAAAACGGACGGAGUUUUAGGAUUAUGGAGAGGGGUUAACGCCGCUCUCUUACGGACUGCCAUGGCAAGUUUCCAACUUCCCUCAUAUAAUCUGGGUAAAUCCAUCUUGGUCAAAAACGGAUGGGACGACAAAUCUUUUUUCACCUUCCUCACAGCUUCUUCCAUUUCUGGUGUUUGUGUGUGCGCUGCCAUGCAACCAGCAGAUACUGUCUUGACUAGGAUGUACAAUCAAAACACGAUCAAAGACCCAAUCACCGGUCGAGUCAGAGGAGCACUGUACACCAACCCCAUAGAUUGUUUGUGGAAAACUUUCAAAACAGAGGGAAUAGCGGGUUGGUACAAAGGUACCACGGCGCAUUUCCUCCGCAUAGCCCCUCAUACCGUCGUCACUCUAGUGGCCAACGAGUUGAUCAUGACGCAGUACAAAAACAUGAGAGAAAAGCGGUCAUAAAG